GAGUUUCUACAUCACCUAUUCUGGCUUUGGGUGCAACCUGGACAUGCAUCAGCAAAGGCUUGGGGACCUGAUCUACCUUCACAUCUUGCCUGACACAGGAAGUCAGAGGCAGUUGUUCAACUUGGUGAGCAUGGUCAACGCUGCUUUCCAACAUGCGGGGAUUAAGGUGAACCACCCCAGGAAGAGCUUGUUCCACUUGACAUUGCUGCGGGCGAAUAGUAGCUACCCUGUUGAUGCUGUGGUUGGGCGUUUGCAUGACGUCGGGUCGACCACGAUUCAAGUCUACUGUUUCUAUUUCAACGGGCAGCAGUUCCUUGCAAGUGAUGGCUGCGCUGAGCGACAACUAUGUAGCAACAUAGCGGUGUGA